AUGCGUUGGGUUCCUCUGUGGUCAUUUUUGGACGAAGAAGCUGAGUCUCAGCAAAUGAAGUUCAUAGCAUCCUCCAACCCUCCAGUAGGCGUUGUUGAAGCCGUGAAGAGGUUUAACUGGAACGUCAACUACAGUGGCCUGAUUCAUUCGGUUAGUCAAGAAGGUCUUUUCGCCGAAAACAAGGAAAAACUUAUUGUAAAUUGUUUAAUGAUUAUUUUGGACAGCUGCCACAACCUUUCUGCCGCCGCAUGGGAACAAGUGUUUCUUGCCCUCCGGAAACUUUUCGCAUCGAAAGCCGGAUUCAGUGCCUUUUACGCCGUGCCUCGCCCCACCCACUUCCAAAAAUGUGCACUUUGCAGACUGAGGGAAAUGCUUGGCAGCGCUGUGAUGAUUGCCUUGAAGCUGAAUGAUGAUGGCGUCAGCCAAGUGGCGAUCGACGCCCUGUGCGCCUUGAUGCACCCACUGCAUGACAAUUACGAGCUUAAGGUCGAGCAGAUGAACAAGUGGUCGCUCUUGUCUUCUCGAAAGUUCGUCGAGCAUAUACUCGACAUGUUUUGUUUCCACGUCAGGCACGGCACCGGCGCUUUGGUUGUCACUAGCGUGCUUGACUUCUUGACCUUUGCACUGUGUAUGCCUUACGGCGAAACGACACCUGCCGAGCAGUUUGACAUGGUUCUGGAAUUGCUGGUUGCUCGUGCACGAACCCUGUACAAACUGUUCGAAUACCCCUCCUUAACGAUCGUCAAAGGGGCUGGUCUUGUGAUUCAGGCAAUGAUUGAAGUAAAUUACGUUACACUGAAUGAUAUAAAAUUAAAGUUUAGCCUUAGUAUGAUCAGUUAAUA